AAUAGGGCCUAGUUAAACAGAUAAACAAGGCUGGUUUGGACACACAACCAAUUGGUGUACACUUGGACGGUAGUCAGAUAAGUGAUACCAAAAGCUUACGGAGUGUCACACAACCGCCCGCAUCUUAAUAUUAUUCCAUAUUUUGCAUCGGGGUGUACAGUAAGUGCUGGAAGAGUAACCACACCAUGCGUUGAGAAACCGGUGAGCUGUCAGUUUUAGUUUAAAUAGGUGAGCAGAAAACCAAGUUGUGAUUUUACGUUUUAUUUUGCUGGUGUGAAACGGUGACUUUCUAGCGAGUCCGGUUUAUCUUCGGAUGAACGUAUCACCAAGCAUGGCAGAUUCCAUGCUAUCCCUUCAAAACCUGAUGGAGGCUACAAGAUCCAGUGCAUUCAUCAUGAGCAAUCCACCGUUAGCAGCACUCCACAGUAUGACGGAGAAAACACCGGCUUUCCCGUACCCAACUCAGCCUUGUUUCACGUCUACGGGAACCUACAAACCUAUGGCUAUGGCGUACCACCCGGUGAGCCUAGCGAACGCCACCCCGCACGGUAUCUCGGACAUUCUGAGCAGGCCAGAGAACUAUAAUGCUGCCGCGGCUGCGGGCUUUUUGACGGGUGUCUCCCGGUUCGGUUCGCCGUUUAGCACGGCAGCUAAUAUGUACUUAAGUCGGCUCGGUAAACCAGUGACAGACUUGCAUGUACCGACAACCGGACCGGCGGCUUUAUAUUGGCCGGCAAAUCUCUUACAUUCCCCGGCAGCAUGGAGGGAUCCAAGACUACCGUGUCCGCCAGUUCAGUCGGCCUCACAGAGCUGUAGCCCCGUCGACAAAGACGGCAAGAAGAAACACACCAGGCCCACCUUCUCGGGCCAACAAAUCUUUGCUUUAGAGAAGACAUUCGAGCAGACCAAAUACCUUGCCGGACCUGAGAGAGCUAGAUUAGCUUAUGCACUCGGCAUGACAGAAAGCCAAGUCAAGGUAUGGUUUCAGAAUCGACGAACGAAAUGGCGCAAGAAACACGCAGCAGAAAUGGCAAGCGCUAAGAGAAAACAUGACUCGGAGACCGAGCAUCUCGCUGCUGAGGGAUCCGAUCUAGAUGACGGCGUGCAAGGUCACCACGGACGCGGUAUCAGCAGGGUCACGGUAGACCACACCACCGGGCCAGGAGACGUCAAAAGAAGGCGGGAAGAGUUGGGGUUUGCUGCUACAUUGGACUCUUCGAAUAGCACAUCAAGUUUAUAGCUCAAUCGCUCUAACUAAAGAUGAAGUCUUAAACACCCGAGGGAACAAACCGUGCUGUGGAUUGCUAUGGCUUGGACGAACUACACGUUCUGGAGUAUUUACUUCUACCAGUACAUAAGUCGUAGAUCAUGACGUUAGUCCAUGGAACUCUUCAUCUGGCAAAAUAGUCAGGAUUCUGUAUGUUGUUUCAUAAGCUGGUAACCAAUCAAAAGCAUGGACUCUGCCACCAGAAUGAUACCAGUUCAAUCAUAUACAUGAGUUUAGGAACUAUACUGGCAAUUCGAGUCAUGUGACCGGUCAUGUGACCGGAGAACUGAAGAAGGGUGUACAGCAAAAAGUGAUGUAACUAUUUUGUUCAUGAGCGUUUGUUUUGGUUUACAUGAAGUCGUGGCUAACAGGGUGGUUUAGGGGCUACAAAGGACCGUCCAAGAGGACGGUCCAAAAAGACGGUCCAAAAGGACGGUCCAAAAGGACGGUCCAAAAGGACGGUCCAAAAAGACGGUCCAAACAGACGGUCCAAAAAGACGGUCCAAACCGACGGUCCAAACCGACGGUCUAAAAGGACGGUCACACUGGGGUUGGUCUAGGGGCCGCAACGGGCCCUUUAAAUCCAAGAGUCACAUAUAGCGGUUGCAGGGGAGUCAUAAUGGGGUUAGAAUGGUUGCUCAGGGGCUGCACAACAAGACGUGCAAGAGUCACACUGGGGUCGGUUGGUCUAGGGCCGCAACGGGUCCGACAAGAGUCGCACAUUUGGGGCAGCAAUUGGAUUCACACAUGGGUUAGCAUUGUGGGCUGCAAAUUAGAUGUUAAUGCAAGAGUCGUUAUUUUAGGCUGCAAAAGAGUCACACAGGGGUUUUGCGAAAAGAGGGAUUAAUCUGCCAACAGGAGAAACAGUAAUCGUAAAUAACAGUUACACAAAUUAUAGAAUGCUCACUAGUUUAGUUUAGUACUGAUUUUUUUUAUACUAUGAAGUGGCCCUGCCAAUAAUUAGGCCUGUGUUGUUUUAACAAUCUGAAAUAAGUUUAUUUAACACAAGGUGUUAACUGUUGUCUGGCUUGUAUCACUGUCAUAGACCUGCUUAUCGCAUAAACUGUGCUUAGCAGUAAUCCAGCUAAGACACGUGUAAUGUACAUGACUGGUCCACGUUUUGCUAACCAUUAUGCUAAGCAAAAACAGCUUCUCUUUAUCUUUAAGCAGACAUUUGCAUAGACCAUAACCCAAUUUCAUAGAGCAGCGUAAGCAAAAGCUAUUGCUUAAACAAUUUCUUCUGGUCGCCAUUUAGCAGGAAACCAGUCAAAAGUUGUGCAUUUGAAAUGAUAUUUUGGCGGGUAAUAUAUUUCAGGUAAGUUGUUUUAUGCUGAUCUACUUUGUGUGCUUAAGCAGCUCUAUGCAAUCGGGCCCAUAUCUCCACAGCGAAAACAAAUAGAGCA